ACCCUCCUUCAUGCUCGCAGCCUCCAGCCUGACUCCCACCUCACACACUCCCCUCCCUGUCUGCCCGGCCGUCUCCUCUCCCGGCCUCACAGUGGGAUGAUGUCGAUUUCUCUGAGGAUCUUGCAGCUUCUACUUGUUCUCCAUAUUGUUAUUCUUGAGCCGAGGGAAUGAUGGAAGCCCGUCUGCUGGAAGCUGUUUGGACUGAGGGGAUUUCUUAUUGUUGAGGAGAAGAAGAAUAUUGACCGGAAGUUGCAGGGUUGUUUUGCAGUGGAAUGGACCUCCUAUACUGUCAGUAUGUGCUGCUCUGCACGGCCGCCCUCACAGUUUCUGUGGCAUUUACCAAAGAUGGAGGCAGCGAGGCCGACAGGUGGCCCAGGCAGAGCCUCCCGGUGCUUCUGGACACGCACACACAGCUGUUAAACACCCUGUCGUUCAGAGGGCAGGAGGAGGAUGAGGAGGAAACAAGUGCAAAGACACUCUGUGGGAUCGAGUGUCAAGAAAAGUUACCAGCUGUUGACCGGACGGAGCAAGAGAGGAUUCUGGGAUACGAGACAAUGUAUGAGAACGGUACACGCACGCAUACCGAUAUCAGCUUGCAAGGUUUUGACAACACGUCUGCAGGAAGGCCAGCCCACUCAGAGAUCCACACGAGAAGGAAACGACAGGUUUACGGAGCAGAUGGACGCUUCGUGAUCUCCGACUCACAUUUUAUCACCAACUACCCGUUCUCCACCGCAGUUCGCCUCUCCACCGGAUGCUCUGGAGUCCUGGUGUCCCCCAAGCACGUGCUGACGGCGGCACACUGCAUCCACGACGGCGCCGGCUACCUGGAGAGUGCCAAGAGGCUCAGAGUAGGAGUGCUGCAGCUCAAAGCCAAAAGAAGAAGAGGAGGAAGGAGGAGAGGGGGCCGACAGAGGGGUGGGAGGAGAGGAGAGGAGAAGACCUUGGAGGAAGGUGACGAGCAGAACGGUUUAGAUGGAGAUGUGGCAAGAGGCAGAAAUGGGAGACGAAGAGGAAGAAGGAUGGAAGGUCAAGUGGAAGCUGGGGCUGGAAUAACUGGAAGAGGAAGGAAACGAAAAGGCCCCAGCCGCGUUGGACGCAGCGUCGAACCCAGAAAGCAGCCCGUCUUCCGUUGGACUCGGGUCAAACAAACCCAAAUCCCUCAAGGAUGGCUCCACGGCAAGGACUCCACCAACUCGGCCUCUUCUGACUACGACUACGCUCUUCUGGAGCUGAAACGACAAGUCAAGCAGAAGCCCAUGGCGCUGGGAGUGGCUCCAUCCACUGCUCCACUGGCGCGGAUCCACUUCUCAGGCUACGACGCCGACAAAAGCCUGCUGGACGGGCACGGAGACGAAAAGGUGGUUUACCGUUUUUGCUCAGUGACAAAGGAGUCCGACAACCUGAUGUACCAGCGGUGCGACUCACAGCCCGGGGCGUCCGGCGCUGGCGUUUAUGUACGUCUGAGGCAGGAGGCGGGGGAUGAGGGCGGGAAAGGGAAGUGGGAGAGGAGGGUGAUCGGGGUGUUCUCGGGCCAUCGGUGGGUGGAGGUGGAGGGAGGUGAGCUGAGGGACUUUAACGUUGCCGUGAGGAUCACUCCGGCCAAAUACGCCCAGAUCUGCCACUGGAUCCACGGGGACCCAAGUCUCUGUAAAGAGGUCUGAACUUCCAGAGCAAUGGAGCUACAGCGAGAAAAAGAUUUGACGUCACUUUUAAAAAGACUCUAAGAUCAAAGAACUGCUCUUAAGAAAGUUCUGCAGGUAUUUUUCUUUGGUGCUGACUGCAGCGUUUUUUUCUAAUUGUUGUAAAAUUAGGACAUGGAUAGGACAUCAUCAAAAUGGAAACAGCCAAUAGAGACGCCUCCAAACCAAACCUUGUCGUAUCUCAGCCUACCCAUCAUUUACUUAAAUCAACAUUUCAUCUCUCUCAUUAUGUUGCAAAAUACAGGAAGAAAAAGAUUUUCAAAUAUAUACCUCCUGUACAGUUACACUAAAUAAUAUCAGUAAGUGCUUUUUGGGAUAUGCAUAAAUAUCGUAGUAAAUGUUGACCUGAAAAUAAAACCGUUUUCUCCCUUGUCCAAAUCAUUACCCACAAUUCCUCUCAACCAGCGACAAAUACACAGGUCAGAUUGUUUGGGUGUUAUUGGUGGACUACGGAGGUCUGGUUCUUUGUGACUCAGCGAACCAAGAGAUUAUUUCUCUUCGUCUCUUUAAGAAGUUUACUGGCAACUUUGUUCCUUUACAAUAAGUUUAAUUUAUAUUUUCUAAGUUGUGGCAUUCAUUAUCUUCCAUCUUUUUUACCUACAAAAUGCAAAUAAGGGUAAAAACCUCUAAACACCAACAUCCGAACAACGAAUUGUACUAUGUUGAUAGGACAAAGAUAACAACUUCCAUAAUUUCAGUUUAUGUAAAAAAAAAAAGACAAAUUCUUAUUGUUGUGUGUGUGUUUUUGUGUCA